CCCACCUCUCGUCCUAUUGUAAUAACAAUGCGCCUGUGCGUAUUGGUCACCCGGACAGCGGCACUUCCUAAAUCUCCAUGAGAAAAAAAAAAGAAAGCCUCCUCGCCACCACCCCACCCGAAAGCGUCCCAGAGGGGGAACACAGCAGGUUUAUGGUAAUAAGUCUCUGAGGAGGAGAGAGGAGGAGGAGGAGGUGGAGGAGAGCCGCGGAGCCAUUUUGUACUCAUUUUAAACUCAGUGUGUGUUUACGCAGCCGUGACGCGCCUGGACACACUGAUACUAUGGAUACCCAGCGUCUUUUUCCACGUUGAGAAAAACUUCACCAUGCGGGAGAAAAGUAAGACGAGGUGCUGGGAGAGGGAGACUUAAUGCUUUUCUUUACUUUUUUUGCGGAGGAGUUUCGGUGAAGUUGAACGGGAUUCGGCAGGUUUACAAGCAUGGAGCCGCCGAUGUGUUGCUGGGUUUGGGUUUGUGUUCUGUUCACCGUGCCGCCGCUCGCGGGAUGUUUGGAGAUGCACCUUUCGGAGACUUCACAGCCCGGGAGCCUUUUGGCCAACCUGUCGCUCGGCCCUGGGUGGACUUAUAAACUUGACAGGACUUUAUCUCCCAACUUCAUUCAGAGUUGUUUCCAAGUUGGGAGGCUCGACGGUGUUAUCCGCCUGUCCCACAAAGUUCAGUGUGCGCGCACACCCAGGAAUCCUGCGCCUGUUUAUUUCAGAACUGUCUCCUCCGCGUCCGGAGACGUUAUCCUGACGCAUUUUAAUGUGUUCGUUCACGGCCAGGACUGUUUUAUUAAAUACAAGAGAAAGAAAGCGUCAGGUGAGCCAGACAUUCAAAUAAAACACCUUUCAAAACUGGAGGCAACUUCCUGCUUACCUGCAGGUAUUCUAAUUUUGAAUGUAACAAAACUUUUACCCUCCUUCACGCAAAACACUGCCUUUUUGGAUACUGAGUGUGCAGGAAGAAACGUUGUCGGGGUGUUCAGGCACGGAGAUUUAUUCCUGGCUAGUGACUUGUGUCUUAAAAACAGUGGACAGUCGGAGGAGAAGCUUCACUGCGCGCUGCACAGCUCUCCGGGCAGCGGGCUCUCUGUGCAGCUUCAUUUGACGCUCGUUAAAGCGCGCAAACAACACCAAAGCCCGUCAGAAACCAUCCACAGACAGUCUGUUGUGCUGAUCAGAAGGGGAAAGCGGCAGGUUAAUUCAUCUCCCCAGUUUCAACUUCCCAACUAUCAGGUGUCUGUGCGUGAGAAUGAGCCCGCUGGGACGCGAGUUAUCACCCUAAAAGCAAAUGACCCAGAUGAUGGAGAAGCGGGGAGGCUGGAGUACAGCAUGGAAGCCUUGUUUGAUAAAAGGUCUGAUGACUUUUUCUACAUAGACUCACAGACUGGAAGCAUAACAACUAUCCAGGCUCUGGACAGAGAAGUCAAAGACACUCAUGUGUUCAAAGUUACUGUGACGGACAAUGGCACCCCCAAAAGAUCUGCCACUUCUUACCUCACUGUCACUGUAAGUGACACCAACGACCACACCCCUGUGUUUGAGCAAAAUGAAUAUCGAGUCAGCAUCCGAGAAAACGUAGAAGUGGGCUUUGAAGUUAAGACAGUCCGGGCCACUGACGGUGAUGCUCCCUCCAACGCCGACAUGAUCUAUAAAAUUGUGAACGCAGACGAAGUCAACUCUGUGUUUGAAAUUGACCCCCGGAGCGGCCUGGUGAGGAUCAGAGAGCGGCCUGACAGGGAGACCCGGGCCCAGUACCAACUGAUCGUCGAAGCCAACGAUCAGGGGAAGGAGCCAAGUCCCCGCAGUGCCACCGCCACAGUUUACAUCACUGUGGAAGACGAAAAUGACAACUACCCACAGUUCACUGAAAAGAGGUACGUGGUGCAGGUCCCAGAGAACGUGCCAGUCAACACCAAAGUGAUCCAGGUGGAGGCGACGGACAGAGAUGAGGGAAACAAUGCCAAAGUUCACUACAGCAUCAUAAGUGGCAACGUUAAAGGGCAGUUCUACAUUCACUCCCCCACUGGUGUCAUUGAUGUCAUCAAUCCUCUUGACUAUGAAAUGAUUCGGGAGUAUAAUUUAAGGAUUAAGGCUCAGGAUGGAGGCAGGCCUCCGCUGAUAAACAGCACAGGGAUGGUGGUGGUGCAAGUGGUGGACGUCAAUGACAACACACCCAUGUUUGUCAGCACACCUUUCCAGGCUACAGUGCUGGAAAAUGUGGCCGUUGGUUACUCUGUCAUCCACAUUCAAGCCAUUGAUGCCGAUUCAGGGAAAAAUUCUCUCCUGGAAUACCGCAUUACCGACACCACGCCAGGUUUUCCGUUCACCAUCAACAACAGCACAGGCUGGAUUACAGUUAGUGAGCCGCUCGACAGGGAGGAAAUUGAAUUUUACACCUUUGGCGUGGAGGCGAGAGAUCACGGGACACCUGUGAGGUCCUCCUCUGCCAGUGUCAGCGUCACAGUGCUGGAUGUGAACGACAACACACCCACAUUCUCAGAGAAGACCUACUCACUGAAGAUCAACGAAGAUGCUGUGGUCGGCAGCAGUGUGCUGACAGUGACCGCUGUGGACAGGGAUGUUAACAGCAUGGUGACGUAUCAGAUCUCCAGCGGCAACACCAGGAACCGCUUUGCCAUCACUAGCCAGAGUGGCGGUGGCCUCAUCACCUUAGCCCUUCCCCUGGACUACAAGCUGGAACGCCAGUAUGUCCUGACAGUCACCGCCAGUGAUGGAACACUUUACGAUACCACCCAGGUGUUCAUCAAUGUCACCGAUGCCAACACACACCGGCCUGUCUUCCAAAGCGCCAGCUACCACGUGUCUAUCAGUGAAGACAAACCAGUGGGCAGCACUGUGAUAGUGAUCAGUGCGACAGAUGAAGACACGGGGGAAAAUGCUCGUAUCACGUAUGUAAUGGAAGACAAUGUUCCUCAGUUCGAAAUUGACCCAGAUACAGGUGCCAUCGUAACCAAAAUGGAGCUUGACUAUGAGGAUCAGGCCUCCUACACUUUAGCCAUCACUGCCAAAGACAAUGGCAUCCCCCAGAAAUCUGACAUCACUUAUGUAGAGAUCAUCAUCAGUGAUGCCAAUGAUAAUGCUCCUCAUUUUCUCAGAGACAUCUACCAGGGGAGUGUUCUUGAGGAUGCACCUGUCUACACUAGUGUGCUCCAGAUCUCUGCUUCAGACAGAGAUAGUGGAUCAAACGGCAGGGUGACCUAUACAUUUCAAGGUGGGGAUGACGGUGACGGGGAUUUUCACGUAGAGCCUCACUCUGGCAUCGUCAGAACCGCUCGCAAGCUGGACCGGGAAAACGUUCACGUUUAUAACCUGAAGGCUUUUGCGGUGGAUAAAGGUGUUCCGCCUCUGAAAGCUGCUGUUUCUAUUCAUAUUGUAGUCCAAGACAUAAAUGACAAUGCUCCAGUGUUUGAGAAGGAUGAGCUUUUUAUUGACGUGCAAGAGAACAGCCCAGUGGGAUCAGUCGUGGCCCAGAUCACUGCCACAGACCCCGAUGACGGCACUAAUGCUCAGAUCAUGUAUCAGAUCGUAGAAGGAAAUAUUCCAGAAGUGUUCCAGCUGGAUAUUUUCAAUGGAGACCUCACUGCACUCACAGACUUGGAUUAUGAGACCAAAACUGAGUAUGUCAUAGUCGUUCAGGCCACAUCAGCACCGCUAGUGAGCCGUGCUACUGUGCACAUCCGCCUAGUAGACAUGAAUGACAACGAACCAGUGCUGCACAACUUUGAGAUUCUCUUUAAUAACUAUGUCACCAACAAGUCCAACAGUUUUCCAUCUGGAAUAAUAGGAAAGGUUCCGGCUCAUGACCCGGAUGUGUCGGAUAAACUGCGCUACAAGUUUGAGUCUGGAAAUGAGCUCAGUCUGCUGCUGUUGAAUGAAGAAACUGGGGAUCUGAGGUUGAGCAGGGAUUUGGACAAUGACAGGGCUCUGGAAGCACCCAUGACUAUUUCUGUUUCAGAUGGUAUCCAUCGUGUUGUUGCCCUCUGCACACUGCGGGUCACUAUCAUCACUGAUGACAUGCUGACAAACAGCAUCACGGUUCGUCUGGAGAACAUGUCCCAGGAGCGUUUUCUAUCUCCCCUGCUCAGCCUCUUUCUUGAGGGAGUGGCGGAUGUACUCUCCACCAAGCGGGAAGCAGUGUUUGUGUUUAACAUCCAAAACGACACCGACGUCCAAGGCUCCAUCCUCAACGUAACCUUUUCGGCGCUGCAGCCCGGAGGGGCUCCUGGUAAAGGCAUGUUCUUCCCAUCUGAGGAGCUGCAGGAGCAGAUCUACCUCCACAGGACUCGACUCAGGCUCAUAUCCACUCAAGAGGUGUUGCCGUUUGAUGAUAACAUCUGCCUACGGGAGCCCUGCGAGAACUAUAUGAAGUGUGUAUCAGUGCUGAAGUUUGACAGCUCCCCUCCCUUCAUCGCCUCUGACACGGUUCUAUUUCGACCUAUCCACCCCAUCAACGGGCUGCGCUGCCGCUGCCCGGUCGGUUUCACCGGAGAAUACUGUGAGACCGAGAUCGACCUCUGCUAUUCAGGGCCCUGCAAGAACAACGGGAGGUGUCGGAGCAGAGAGGGCGGUUAUACCUGCGAGUGCCUGGAGGACUUCACAGGCGAGCACUGUGAGAUUAAUGCAUCAUCAGACCGCUGUGUACCAGGUGUGUGCAAGAAUGGUGGUACGUGCAUCAACCGGCUUGCAGGUGGUUUCAUGUGCGAGUGUCCACCCGGGGAGUAUGAGAAGCCCUACUGUGAGAUGACCACCCGCAGCUUUCCUGGACAGUCCUUCAUCACCUUCAGAGGCCUGCGGCAAAGGUUCCACUUCACCGUCUCCUUCAUGUUUGCUACCAGGGAAAGAAACGCCCUGCUCCUCUACAACGGCAGGUUCAACGAGAAACAUGACUUCAUCGCCCUGGAGAUCAUCGCUGAACAGAUUCAGCUCACCUUCUCUGGAGGUGAGACAAAGACCACAGUGGCUCCCUACGUCCCGGGUGGAGUCAGUGACGGUCAGUGGCACUCAGUCCAGCUCCAUUACUACAACAAGCCUAAAAUGGUGAGCGUGGGGAACCCUUUUGGACCGUCCGGAGAAAAAGUGGCUAUGGUCGCCAUUGACGAUUGUGACAUAUCCAUGGCGAUCCGCUUCGGAAAGCAGAUCGGGAACUACUCCUGCGCCGCGCAGGGUACCCAGAUUGGACAGAAGAAAUCACUGGACUUGACAGGGCCGCUGUUACUGGGUGGGGUUCCCAACCUGCCAGAGGAUUUCCCAGUCAGGAACAGGAACUUUGUAGGCUGCAUGAGAAACUUGCGCAUCGACAGCAAGCCCAUCGACAUGGGCAGCUUCAUUGCUAACAACGGCACCACAGAAGGGUGUCCAGCAAAGAAAGACUUUUGCACAAAUGGUGUGUGUCAAAACGGAGGCACGUGUGUCAGCAAGUGGAACACUUACAUCUGUGACUGCCCUACUGGUUACGGUGGCAAGAACUGUGAGCAAGUGAUGCCAUCACCUCAGUUCUUUGGCGGAGAGGCACUGGUGUCUUGGAGCAACCCGGACAUCACUGUUGCUGUUCCCUGGUAUAUUGGCCUAAUGUUCCGCACCCGGCGUCCUGCUGGCACCCUGAUGCAGGUCAAUGCUGGGCCUUCCUCUACCAUCAACCUCAUGGUGAGUGAGCAGCGGGUCCAUAUGGAAGUGUUGCUGAGGCACCAAUUGGUGGCAUCGCUGAGCUUUCCUCAAGUGCGUGUCAAUGACGGGGAGUGGCACCACUUGCUGAUUGAACUGAAAAGCAUCAAAGAUGGCAAGGAAAUCAAAUACAUGGCAGCUGUCUCUCUGGACUACGGCAUGUAUGAGCAGAAGUCAGUCGAGAUCGGCAAUGACCUCCCAGGCCUCAAGCUGCAAACUCUUCAUGUUGGAGGUUUGCCCGGGGAGAGAAACGAUGUCAUCAAAGGAUUUGUUGGCUGCAUACAGGGUGUGCGUAUGGGUGAGACAUCCAACAACGUGGCCAAUGUGAACAUGGCUCAGGGCCUGAAGAUCCGUGUGGAAAACGGCUGUGAUCUGGCUGACCCGUGCGACUCCAACAUCUGCCCAGAGAAUAGCCAGUGCAUUGACGACUGGAGCACACACACCUGUGCUUGCGACCCAGGCUACUUUGGGAAACAGUGCGUGGACGCUUGUAAGCUCAACCCCUGUGAGCACGUUUCCACGUGCGUCCGCAAACCAAGCUCCUCCCACGGCUACACCUGCGAAUGUGGACAAAAUUACUUCGGCCAGUACUGUGAAAACAAAGUGGAAGAGAAAUGUCACGAGGGCUGGUGGGGCAGUCCCAUGUGUGGACCCUGUAACUGUGACACAAGCAGAGGAUUUCAUAAAAACUGCAACAAGACCACCGGGGAGUGCCGCUGCAAGGAUAAUCACUAUCGUCCAGAGGGAGAGGACGCUUGUUACCCCUGCGACUGUUUCCCUAUAGGCUCUGAGUCUCGAACCUGCGACCCCAUCACUGGGCAAUGUCCCUGCAAGGGAGGAGUUAUCGGUCGUCAGUGCAACCAGUGCGAUAAUCCCUUCGCUGAAGUCACUCCCACUGGAUGCGAAGUGGUGUAUGAGGGCUGCCCAAAGGCCUUUGAUUCUGGCAUCUGGUGGCCCAAGACAAAAUUUGGACGCCCUGCUGCUAUGAAAUGUCCCGAAGGAUCUUUUGGCACUGCCAUCCGCCACUGUAGUGAUGAGAAGGGCUGGCUGUCACCUGAGCUCUUCAACUGCACCACCAUCGCCUUCACACAUCUGAAAAAACUGAAUGACGAUCUCCGCCGCAACAGUUCAAGGAUGGACAGCGAACGCUCCAAGACCAUUGUGCGUUUGCUUCAAAGUGCCACCAAUAACACGUCACAUUACUACGGCAAUGACGUGAAGAUGGCCGCCCAGCUUCUGAAUUAUGUUCUGCAGUACGAAAGCCGCCAGGCCGGGUUUGAUCUCACCGCCAUGAAGGAUGCAGAGUUUAAUGAGAACUUGGUGCGAGCAGGCAGCGCCAUACUGGAUCCCAACACCAAGGACCACUGGGACCAAAUCCAAAGAACAGAGAGCGGGACCGCACAUUUGCUCCGAAACUUUGAGGACUACGCGAGCACGCUGGCACAGAAUGUCCGGAAAACCUACCUGAAGCCCUUCACCAUCGUCACUGAAAACAUGAUUCUAACUGUGGACUACUUGGAUGUGUCGAACCCAGAGAGGGCGACAUUUCCUCGCUUCCAGGAAAUCCAGGAGGCCUACCCCAAAGAGCUCGGGUCUUCUGUCCGCUUCCCACAGUUUAAUAUCGGUACUCAGGGAAACAAAGCAGAGCCCACUCCUGCCCCUCCAGCUCAGACAGAAGCUGUCCUCGAGGAGGAGCACACAGUUUCAGAUAGGAAACGCCGCCAUCUCGAGCCACCUGCCCCUCUGCCUGUUGCUGUGGUGAUAGUGUACAAGUCGCUGGGAAAGCUCCUUCCAGAAAGAUACGACGCAGACCGCAGGAGUCUGAGAGUCCCCAACCGUCCGGUGAUCAACACAGCCAUCGUGAGCGCCACGAUCCACAGCGAAGGUCAGCCUCUUCCUACCGUCCUGGACCCCCCGGUCAUCUUGGAGUACACCCUGCUGGAGACAGAGGAGCGAACCAAACCCGUCUGCGUGUUCUGGGACCACUCAGUCGGGAGCGGAGGCGCAGGCGGCUGGUCCUCUAAAGGCUGCGAGGUGCUCAACAGGAACAACACCCACAUUAGCUGUCAGUGUAACCACAUGACCAGUUUUGCUGUGUUGAUGGACAUUUCCAAAAGAGAGCACGGCGAUGUCCUGCCUCUGAAGAUCGUCACGUACACCACAGUCUCCGUGUCCCUGUUUCUUCUCCUGAUCACCUUCAUCCUGCUGUGCCUCUUGCGCAGGCUCCGUACCAACCUCCACGCCAUCCACAGGAACCUGGUGGCAGCGCUCUUCUUCUCCGAGCUUGUCUUCCUCCUGGGCAUCAACCAGACUGACAAUGUGUUUGUGUGCACCGUGAUCGCCAUCCUCCUCCAUUACUUCUACAUGUGCACCUUUGCCUGGAUGUUCGUGGAGGGGCUGCAUAUCUACCGCAUGCUGACCGAGCUGCGGAACAUCAACUACGGUCACAUGAGGUUCUACUACGCCAUGGGCUGGGGCAUACCGGCUAUCAUCACUGGUUUGGCAGUUGGCCUCGAUCCUCAGGGUUAUGGAAACCCAGAUUUUUGUUGGCUUUCUGUCCAUGACACACUCAUCUGGAGCUUUGCAGGGCCCAUCUUUGUAGUCGUGCUGGUGAACAUAGUGAUCUUUGUUCUCGCUGCCAAGGCUUCCUGUGGUCGGAGACAGAAGGCUGUAGAGAAGUCAGGAGCUAUUCCUGCCCUACGUAUGGCCUUCCUCCUCCUGGUGCUCAUCAGUGCCACCUGGCUGCUCGGUCUAAUGGCAGUCAACAGCAAUGUAAUGACUUUCCAUUACCUGUUUGCUGUCUUCAGCUGCUUGCAGGGAGUCUUCAUUUUCUUGUUCCAUGUGGUCUUCAACAAAGAGGUGAGGAAAAACCUCAAGAACAUCUUCAAAGGAAAGAAGAGCAUACAAGACGAGUCCAGCACCACAAGGGGCUCUUUGCUAACACGCUCUCUCAACUGCAACAACAUGUACACAGAGGACGGCGCAGUGUACCGUUCAGGCAUUGGCGAGUCUACCGUCUCACUGGACAGGUCAGCCAAGAGCCGCAGUAGCUACCUGGCUUACACACUCAGGGAGGAGUCUGGUCAGAAGCCCAGUGGCUCUUCAGGAACAGCUAAAGGCCACACGGACCUGGAUGGACCUCUGUUCCAUAGAAAUGGCACCAAAGGAGAUGACUCUGACUCAGACAGCGAGCUUUCAGUAGAUGAACACAGCUCCUCCUAUGCCUCCUCCCACUCCUCCGACAGCGAGGAUAAUGAUAUUGAUGUCAAGCCAAAGUGGAACAACGAGAGGCCUCUUCACAGCACUCCAAAAGCAGGGCAAUCAACAUCUAAUCACGUGAAGCCUUACUGGCCAACAGAUGCCAUUACAGCCAGUGACAGCGAGGACCCCGGUGGGACAGAGAGGCUGAGGGUGGAGACCAAGGUGAACGUGGAGCUGCACCCAGAGAACAAGCUCAACCACGUUGGUGAAAGAGAGAGGGAGGCUCUGCAGGAGAGAGAGAGACAGACUCCUACCAGUAUGAAAGACUCAGCGCCUGCCAGUCAGCCUAACAGCAACCACCAGCCAGAGCAGAGAAAAGGCAUCUUGAAGAACAAGAUCAGCUACCCUCCUCCGCUGACCGACAAGAACAUGAAGAACCGUCUGAGGGAGAAGCUGAGCGACUACAACUCGCCCACCAUCACCUCCCCUCCCCCCAACAACAACAACACCACCUCCCCAGCCCCUCCCUCCGUCAACAUCAUGACCCCGUCGUCCCGGACGCCUUCGUUGGAGGCCAACGAAGGAAGCCGACUCGGCAACCACGAGAGCGGCUCCCCCAUCAAACCGCCUGUCGCCCCACGACCUCAGAUUCCUCCAGGGGGUAUCUACCGGGAGACAAAUGGCGGAGUUGCCAUGCACUUGAAGUCUGGGACGGUCAACGGAGGCAAUGAGUCAGACUCAGAUGGCAGUAACGAGACUUCGAUCUGACCUGUUAGGCAAACCCAGACCAGCCUGCCUUUAUGAGAGGAGGAGCUAAACAACCUGCCAGGUCGGGGCUGAGGGGACCAAGAGUCGAGGAACAUGAAAGGAAAAGUUGCAAGAUGGAGAGGUGUUAAAGGAUGGAUGAAGAGAAGCCUGAUCCUGUCAGCAUCGCCGCUCCCGUCAUGUUUCCUUUCUCGGGCGAGCAGUAUUAAUUGCAGACGUUAGGACUGCCUUAGAUGAGAAAAUAAGCAGAGAUGUGAGCGAUAACAAAGGGAACGCUGUGCUGGACUGUGUAAAGACACGGUUGAGCCACGUGUGCCAAAACCACUAAUGGAAAUCAUUAGGAAGAGUCGGAAGAUGAAGAAUGACACCCAGAAUGCAUUGUGGGCCCUAACAUGAAGCUCUUCUCUAGUGUUGGCGAGGAGCACAUCGUUAUGUUCUGUUUCUUUAGGUGAAGUUAGCAAAGUGUCAGAUGUAAUAAUCACUGUUCACGAACCUCUAAAGGCUGGUACCGUCACAGUAAAAUGAUUUCAAAGACUGCAGGUCCCUCAGAAGUCUCACACACACAUGCUCCAGUUCAUGCUGGGCAGAGCUAUGAAACACAAAGUGCUUUUCUUUUUUGUUUUAAUUAAAGAAAGGCUUCCACAGCCUCUCGGUGCAGUGUAUUUAGAGUGUAAGUAACAUGUAGAUAAUUUUAAAAAGUGAAGAAGAAAUGAUCUAUUUUCUAUGUCAGUUUUAGCAAGAACACAGUAGUGGAAAAAAAAGAACAGAAAUCACAUCGUACGCCGGUUUAACAGUCAGAGAACAACAAAUCUGCGCUGCGUGCCUUCAUGCUGCACCGAGGCCUUACAAGCUCACACAAUACUGUAAAAGGCUACAGUGGACUUCCACUCUACGGCGGUGCAUUCACAGGCUGCUGCUGUUGUGUUUGAGUGCAUGCACACACGCAAGAGUACGCUGUAAAUGAACUUUAAUUAUGUGGAAUGAAGAGGAAUUCCUCCUCUGCUGAAAACUCAGCUUUGCAGUUGGAGCACUGUGAACCUGAAGCCUUGUUUUCCAGUGUUUGUCGGGCCUGUUUAUCCAAUGCAAGACACACUCCUGGUUACCAAAGUAAUGAGAUCUGGUGAAUAAGCAGAUUAGAGUAGGCCGUCAGUUCGGUUUAACUCAGUUUUAGUGCAGAAUCUUUAAAAUAAAAUUUAAAAAAGCCAUUUGUUGAUCUUUUGUAGUGUAAAAGUAAGAAACAGACUAAGCAGGUCUGUUCAGAAAUUGCGUAAUUGAUGCUGCCUUUUAAUCACUAAGUUUUCAAAUGUGGGUUAAAACUGAAAAUGACAGCAGCUCUGAAGCAUUAUGCAGCUAGUAAAAGGUCAUUUUACAAUGUACAGUCGCUAAAUGCCUUUGUACCUUACAUCCUGUACACGCCCAGUGUUUUGCUCUUAUGUAAUCAAUGCUGUUGAUAAGAUGUGUGUUUUUGUAUAAUCUGAGACACUGGAAAUGUUUUGUAACAUAAUGUAUAUUUAUUUUUUAUGGUUUUGAGACACUGGAAAGAAA